AUGUCGGCAACUGUGGGAGCCCCGCAACAGUUUAAGCAGCCCUCUAGAAAGGGUAAGAAAGCAUGGAGGAAAAAUGUCGAUGUCACUGAAGUGCAAGAGGGGCUCGACCAGGUUCGAGAAGAAGAGAUCAAAGGCGGUGUGCUGGCAGAGAAACCGUCCGAGGAACUGUUUAUAUUAGACCCUACGGGAGAUGAGGAAGUCCAGCGAAAGGUUCAAAAGAAAUUCAAAUCUUUACGUGCCGAUGAGAUUAUUGCGCAGCGUUCGGCUAUAAGUGCAGUCGACAGCCGUAAGCGCCCAUCCAAUUCCAGAGUUACAGAUGGAGUUAUAGAACCGAAAACAAAGAGAAGUCGAAGUGAUUGGGUAACUAGAGAAGAAUGGCUACGGUUGAAAAAGGUGGCUCGGGAAGCCAAACUUGAUGAAACAUCAAUUCAGCCUAGUGUUGCUCAUGACCCAUGGGCGAUGGAAGCCAAACAAGAACAGGAAUUUUCCUUCCUAGAGAAAAAGAAGCCAGUCGUUGCCCCAAAGACCUUGUCCCAUGCACCUAUAUCACUAGCGGCUAAUGGUAAAGCGAUACCAUCGGUGAUAAAACCUAAGGCAGGAACGAGCUACAACCCAUCUUUCCAGGAGUGGGAUGAACUUCUUACAAAGGAAGGGGAGAAGGAAGUCGAAGCUGAGAAAUUGCGAUUAGAGGAGCAGAAGAGGGAAGCGGAGCGCAUCGCACGUAUUGAAGCAGCUGAAGGUGAUGAUGGACAAGUAAAAUCUGACGACGAAAGCGCAUGGGAAGGGUUCGAAAGUGAAUACGAAGCUGAGUCAAUAAAGAAGAAGCGACCUGAGAGGAAAACAAAGGCACAGAGAAAUAAAAUUUUAAGGAGGAAAGAGGCAGAGAGAAAAGCGAAGGCAGAGGCUAAAAUGAAGAGACGGGAGCAGCAAGCUGCACAAGCUAAAGCAAUUUCAAAGCAGAUUGAAGAGAAGGAGAAGGCAAAACUGGCUGUGGCCAAAGCUGAAGAAUCGUCUGAAGAUGACGAGCCUACCCUCCGCAAGCGACCAUUUGGUGGCAGAACUCCCGUACCGGCCAAGUCACUGGAGUUGGUUCUUCCGGAAGAACUUAAAGAUUCUCUUCUCCUCCUCAAGCCAGAAGGGAAUUUACUAGCCGACAGAUAUAGAACCCUGAUGGUCCAGGGAAAGCUAGAAGCCCGCAAUCCAAUCACACAGGCCAAAAAGGCAAAGAGAAAAGCAACGGAAAAGUGGACAUACAAAGACUUCAAAGUCCCAUCAGUUUGA